CGUGUAGGACUAAUCAAUGAAAGGGAUACCACGGCGCCUCCCACUCGGUGCAUAAAAACGCCUAUUUCUUGCAUCUCAAAGACAGCGUUUAACGUUACUAACGUUAGUUUACUUGCCUAUGAUAUUCUGUUUGUGCUUCGGAUUGCCAAAUGUGUUAACUACAUUGCUGAACGUUAGUUUACUUGCCUAUGAUAUUCUGUUUGUGCUUCGGAUUGCCAAAUGUGUUAACUACAUUGCUGGGAGGAACCCAGAGUCAACAUAUCCACCCUUUAAAGGACAUGGAGAAAGGGUAACAUCAUGCGCAGUACCGAGAUGAGAGGGCGAAGGAGCAUGUGAAGAUGUCCCUAAAGACUGCUAAAAGAUGGUGCUUUAGACUGUUCGCUGUUGUACUGUUCUUAGUCUCCUACUACUGCUUCCACGUUUUCCUUCAGAGUUAUGGAGGCACCAGCAAGUCUCCUUUGACUCCUAGCAAGUCACUGUGUGGCGGCUGGCUAAAGCAGAAGAAGUGGGAGAGCCUCAAUUUUAACAUUAGCAGACAAACAGAGCUCUUCUUCAAACUGGAUGAUUUCUUCUGGCGACAACAUCAGUCCACAUUAGCGUUGCCCUACGGUAUUAAAGGAAGUGAGUUACUGCUGCUGAGAGUGUUAGCCAUUAUUGCCAAUUACAAAAUGCCGGCCAGCAUUGAUCGUCUAGACUGCAGAACAUGUGCAGUCAUAGGAAAUGGGUUUGCCAUUAAAAACAGCUCCUUGGGGGGCGUCAUCAACGAGUAUGAUGUGGUGAUCCGGCUGAAUGAUGCCCCUGUCAGAGGUUAUGAGGAUGACGUGGGGAACAAGACCACUAUGCGUCUCUUCUACCCUGAGUCGGCCUCCUACAACCCCAGCAUGCACAACGACCCCGACACCCUUAUGGUCCUAGUGCCUUUCAAACAGCAGGACCUCCGCUGGCUCAAAGAGAUCCUGUACGACGAGAAGAGGGUGAGAAAAGGUUUCUGGAAGCCCCCUCCACAGAUCUGGCUGGGCAGGACCAGUCGCAUCCGGGUGCUGGACCCUCACUUCCUGCAUAGGACGGCCAGCAGUCUGCUACAAAUCCCACUUCAACCAAAGAGCAAACAGCGAGCCCCUGUGUCAGAGACUGAGGCUGUGCUCUCUUUGGACUGCUGAAAUGCAAACACAACUGGCUGGUGUCUGUGCCGAGGGAACAGUGGGAAAGAAGGGGUCCUGCAGGCGAUCAGCGGGGCAGCCCGAGCAUAGCACUCCUCCAUCUGCGUGGCCCUACAGGCAAGAUGAGCUCAACCUUGGCUGGCUGUCUCCUGGUUGGCUGGGUGUCUGGCUGGAGGGCGUAGGCUGUUUACUCUGAGCGAGAACAGGAACAGGAACCAUGCCGAGCACUCGAUCCUGGCCCCUUUGCCCUCAUUCCCCUCUCCCCUGUCACUUUCCUGGGUCACGGGCCCGACCGCAGCCCCACAUCCCCAAUGCCAAACUCUCACUCCCUCCCUGUGGCUGCCAUGUUGGCAGUCAUCCACAUGCCCUGUGAGAAGGCAGCAGCAGCAGGCAGUUCCCCUGGUUACAAUACAGAGGCUGACUGAGCUGAGGAGAGCUAGAGGGCUAACUAAUGCCCCUGUCGGUCAGACAGCCCCCACCGCCACCCCCUUCCAAAACAAAGGUCCGACUCGCACCAAUCUGGUCUGCUUGGCGAACAGCAGUAACAAUAUUCACCUCACCAAGACUCCAUGGGCCAAUGUCCAAACUAUGCGAGGCACUACAGAAGUUGGAGCGCUCGGUGACCGACCACAUGAGACUAAUGCACACAGAAUGUCAGAUUUAGUCGAGCCAGGCUCAGGAAGAAAAGGCACUUAUGCUAAGUGCAUUAGGAACCAGGUUUGGAGGAAUGUCCUGUACAGUGUGAUGAAGAGAGGAGAAGCACAGGUUUGAGAACUUGGUUUCUCCAGUUUCUCUCUCCUUAGGGCACGAGUAAUGGCUGUCCAGGUCAGACAGCAUGCUUGUAAAGCCCUGCCGGAUUCACUCACUGACUCACUGACUGACUCACUGACUGACUGACUGACUCACUCACUCACUCACUCACUCACUCACUCACUGACAUUUACCUUGGAAAGGCUCCUGCACCCAGUAUUGGUCUGCCAUUUUGAAGGUUUUAUGUAUUGUUGUUUUAUUUGUAUUUUAUUUGGCUGAUUUAUACUGCAGACCCACAGCACCUCAGUAGGGUUUUAUUGGAAGGAAUUGAGAAAGCAGUAGGUGGGAAUAAUGUGCCUGAACAAGAAGCUUCCUUGGAAAUGGUGAGUAGUUGAGUAAACCAAGGUUAAGGAUUACAUGGAACAGAUAAGGGAGAGUCGGGUAAGUUGAGCCAAAGGAAUAAGUUAUGUCACCUAUCAUUUCAGUCAGUGGAGGAAGAAAUCACAUGGAAAAAGUGGUAAACAACUUAGGGCCAAAAAACGGAUUUUCACCAAGUCAAAUGAAUUUAUUGUGUUAGAGGUUUCACGAUGCUUGUAUCUAAACCAAAGUAGAUACUUUUAAGAUUGUUCUUAAAGGCAUUAUCUCUGGAAUCAAAUCAAAUGCUAUUUGUCAAAUGCGCCGAAUACAACAUACCUUAUAGUGAAAUGCUUACUUUACAAGCCCUUAACAACAAUGCAGUUUGAAGAAAAACUCCUAAAAAAGGUAUACAUAAAAUAACAAAUAAUUUAGAGAGCAGCAGUAAAAUAACAAUAGCGAGGCUAUAUACAGGGGGUACCGGUACAGAGUCAAUAUUCGGGGGCACAGGAUAGUUGAGGUAAUUGAGGUAAUAUGUACAUGUAGAUAGAGUUAUUAAAGUGACUAUGCAUAGAUAAUAACAGAGAGUAGCAGCAGCGUAAAAGAGGGGGGGCAAUGCAAAUAGUAGUUAGUUUGAUUAUAUGUUCAUGAGUCUUAUAGCUUGGGGGUAGAAGCUGUUUAGAAGCCUCUUGUGCCUAGACUUGGCACUCAGGUACGGCUUGCCUUGCGGUAUUAAAGAGAACAGUCUAUGACUAGGGUGGCUAGAGUUUUUGGCAAUUUUUAGGGCCUUCCUCUGACACCGCCUGUUAUAGAGAUCCUGGAUGGCAGGAAGCUUGGCCCCAGUGAUGUACUGGGCCGUACGCGGUCAGAGGCCGAGCAGUUGCCAUACCAAGCAGUGAUGCAACCAGUCAGGAUGCUCUCGAUGGUGCAGCUGUAGAACCGUUUGAGGAUCUGAGGACCCAUGCCAAAUCUUUUCUGUCUCCUAAGGGGGAAUAGGUUUUGUCGUGCCCUCUUCAUGACUGUCUUGGUGUGCUUGGGCCAUGUUAGUUUGCUGGUGAUGUGGACACCAAAGGAACAAAGCUCUCAACCUGCUCCCCUGCCGCCCCGUCGAUGAGAAGGGGGCGUGCUCGGUCCUCUUUUUCCUGUAUUCCACACUCAUCUCCUUUGUCUGGUUCACGUUGAGGGAGAGGUUGUCUCUGACCUCCUUCGCUUAGUGAUUAGCUUUGAGGGCACUAUGGUGUUGAACGCUGACCUGUAGUCAAUGAAUAGCAUUCUCACAUAGGUGUUGCUUUUGUUGAGGUGUGAAAGGGCAGUGUGGAGUAAAGAUAGUACCAUCUGUUGGUGCAGUAUGCAAAUUGGAGUGGGUCUAGGGAUAAUGGUGUUGUGAGCCAUGAGCAGCCUUUCAAAGCACUUCAUGGCUCCAGGUGUGCUACAGGUCGGUAGUCAUGAGGUAACAACAGGGCCUGGCCUAUGUGUUUUUCUUUUUAAAUAGAAACUGUUUGUUAGGUCUUAAGCCUGUGUUAAUAGAUGCUUAUAAUGAUUAAAAGACAAAAAGCGGUUGGGAUUGUGUAGAAUUGUGUUUUGGAAAUAAAGGUAGACAUGGUUUUAGAAAGGAAGCGGUAAUCAUUUAAUUCGGUACAGACUUUUGGGGUGGAUUAACCACAUACCCGUUAUAAAUUGUGCCAAGAGAUAACUUUUCUUUUCAAAACUGUAAUGUUUACAUGAAUUAUGAUUAUUUCCAGGGAUACACAACAUUCUGAAAUAUAUGUAGAUAUCUUUGUUAGAAAGUAUACUAUAUUUCCCUUGAUGGGAGUGAUGUUGAAUGUAAAAAAAAGGCUCAAUUUAACCUACUCUUUGGAAAAGGGGAUUUUACUCCCCCCCCACAGCUCUCAUGUAGAAACAAUUUCCCUCUGCUGCCUCUGUGAAAGAAAAGUUCUUAUUUACAAUGACGGCCUACCAGAAGGCAAAGGCCUCCUGUGGGGACGGGGGCUGGGAUUAAAAAUACAAAAUAAAAUCAAAAAUAUAGGACAAAACACACAUCAUGACAGGAGAGACACCACAACACUUAAAGAGAUACCUAAAGACAACAACAUUUCAAGGCAGCAACACAUGAAAACACAGUAUGGUAGCAACACUUGACAACAACAUGGUUGCAACACAACAUGGCAGAAGAACAACAUGGUAGCAGCACGAACAUGGUACAAACAUUAUUGGCCACAGACAACAGCACAAAGGGCAAGAGGGUAGAGACGACAAUACAUCACGCGAAGCAGCCACAACUGUCAGCAAGAGUUUCCAUGACUGAGUCUUUGCAUGAAGAGAUGGAGAUAAAACGUCCAGUUUGAGUGGUUUUUUUUGCAGCUCGUUCCAGUCGCUAGCUGCAGCGAACUGAAAAGAGGAGCUACCUAGGGAUGUGUGUCCAUGAACGGAAUCAAACCAGGGACACCCCUCACAUUGUACUGGAGACAAAAAGUCAAAACUCCUAGUUCCCUCUCGCUUUGUCUAAGUACACAUUAAGGAAAGGGUACACUGCUCUGGAAUUUACUUGUCAUGCCAACUAAUGUACUAGAAAUGCAGGACUAUGGGAGUUUUUACUGGUCUCGGAUGCCCCCUACUGUGUCAAACAUAAUACUACAUGUAUAUUACUUAAGCAAAAAGGCACGAGGGGGUGUGGUAUAUGGCUAAUAUACCAUGGCUAAGGACUGUUCUUAGGCAUGACAGCGUUGAUGACGAAGUUGGCCAUAUACCACAAACUCCCGAGGUGCCUUAAUGCUAUUAUAAACUGGUUACCUACUUAAUUAGAGGAGUAAAAUUAAAUGUUUUGUCAUACACGUGGUAUAUGGUCUGAUAUACCACGGCUGUCAGCCAAUCAGCAUUCAGGGCUGGAACCACACAGUUUAUAAUAUACCGUAGGUCUCAUUGGUUUUGGUUCUCACUCCUACAGAAACCGGUACACCCCACUACAGGGAUCCUUGCCGUGUUCGUGGCACUCAACUACUGUGAUGUGGUCCACAUAGCUGGUUUUGGAUAUCCAGCAU